AGUGCGCUCAUAACAACUUAAGCAUUGUGAAACUGCUAUCCGAUCAAAUAAACCUCAUGUAGCAAAUAAGCCAUACACAAUUUUAUUGACCAAAUGUGACACUCUCGUUGACCUUACUUGGUGGGCGAAAAAACGCCACCAGCUGGAGGGAGAAAGAUUUUCUACCGAGUUGGUUCUCUUGCUUCCUCUCUGUACACUUGAUAUUUGAGAGACGAUUUAGCUUUAAACGGGGUGACGAGAUACAGACCGUGUUGCAACCUGUACAUCUACCCAGCCAUUUGUGUAAUGAGGACGAUUUCCUCAACACAACUUUGACUGAGCAUCUCGCUACAGCUCCCAGUGUGCCCUGCUGUGAGUCCCAGUGGGCGUGCGUGGUCCUCCCCUCAGACUGGCAGAGCAGGCUGGCAUAGCGGCACCGGCAGGGGGCCAGUGGGUGACGUUUUCCUCCAGCCUAAGUUGUGGUUGGAAGGGGCAUCGAGAAAGAGUGUCGAGAAGACAAAGAGGGGUAUCAAGACGACAUCGAGAGUAUCGAGGAGAGAUCGAGAGGGUGAAUCUCUGCCUAGCCUCGUCAGGUGUGUGUGAGGAUCGGAGCAUGGUGAGAGCCUGCGCUGGUUGCCAUGGAGCUACAGGAUAAGAAGCAGGAGGAGGGGGUGGGGACCCUUGGCUUGUCCACUGGUCAGGCUCUGGGGACACUGAGGGACCAGCUCACCACCCUGCUUGACCAGCACCAGACCACAGGCCGUGGGAAACAACCGACUGCACAGGAGCAGUGGGUGAAGAGCUUCCUUCACCAUGGCAACCGACACUCCUGUCUCCAUUGGCCAGGAGCUGCCCUUACACUGCUGGUGGUGUUGGGACUUCUCUGUUGUUACGGCGACCAGCCACACGGCAGUUCUGGGAUCGAGUUGGUGAACGCUGCAGCCCUCCUCCUGCUCUUCACGCUGAGCUUCAUGCUGAUUGGUCGGCAGCAGAGGCUGAGGAGGACUGAGAUGGUGCACCGGCUCAACAGCAUCAUCAAUCAGCUCAACGACUACCUGUCGGGAUGGGCAGAUUUGGGUAAUGGGGUGAGGUGGUCUCCCUCCCUCUACCCUGACCUGUACACCCCCUCCUCCCCCUCCUGGUCGCUCCACUGGGCCUACCGCGACUCCAAGCUGGUCAACCUGCCUGUGUCCCUACUGGUGGAGGGAGACGUCAUAGCACUACGCCCAGGAAAGGAGGCCUUCGCUUCCCUCAGAGGCAUCAAGGAUGAUGAGCAUAUAGUUCUGGAGCCAGGUGACCUUUUCCCACCUCUCUCCCCUCCUCCCUCCCCCCGGGGGGACCAGAAGAGGGUUCCCCAGAGCCCCCAGCAGCACCGCCUCUUCAGGGUGGUCCGCACCCCCAUCCUCGACAGCGUCAGGAACAGUCUUGACCUGGCUCUGUCUCGACCAAUCACAGCCCUGGAUAAUGAGAGGUUCACCGUGCAGUCGAUCAUGGCCAAGUUCGCCUGCCCUAUAGUACUGAUGGCGUUCUUGGUCGUGAAUACGGUGCGGUAUUUCUGCGACGCCCCCGGGCUCACUCCUGGGCGCUUCAACUUCAUCCAGCUGCAGCUGAUGGGUGUGCUGCCCAUCCUCCCCCUGCUGUUUCCUGUCAUGUGGGUGCUGGUCAAUGCCUAUGGAGAGGCUAGUGUCCUGGCUGAGUCCAGCAGAGCUUCUCCUACUGGCCUGCUUGCUAAGUUCUCUGAGGACACUCUAAGCAGCUACACUGAAGCGGUGUCCUCCCAGGAGAUGCUGCGGUGUGUGUGGAGACACCUGGUGGGCGUGCUGAGGGGAGAAUCCCAGACUCUCUGCUACACCUCUAGCCUGCUACACACACUCGGCUCUGUCACUGUGUUAUGUUGUGUGGACAAACAGGGUGUAUUAUCCUGGCCUAACCCCAGUCCAGAGACUGUGUUGUUCUUCAGUGGUCGCGUGGAGCCGCCUCACAACGACAGUCAGCAAGACUUGCGAGACGACCUGUCUGUCAACUCCUUCUGCCGCAUGGAGACCGACGAUGACCGUGACGAGACCCAGGAGGGGGAGGCUCUGCUGUGUAUGCCAGUGAUGGAUGGGAUGGGGGGCGGGCAUGAGCCCAGUGAGACUUCACAUGACACCGGCCGUUCCGAAGACACAGUUCAGCCUCGGCGGCAGGCGCGGGAGACACGCACCAAACACCUCUCAGGAUCUAAUGUCAGCUUCAGCCACAACACCGAGGGAGGGGACCAGGGCCCUGAACAGGACAUGGUGGGUUGCUGUGACAAUGACGCGGAGGACUACGUGUGUGACUACCACCUGGAGAUGCUGAGUCUGUCUCAGGACCAGCAGAACCCGGUGAGUAUCCAGUUCGACGAGCAGGGCUGGCAGUGCCACCUGCCCAGCCUCAAGCCCCUGGGCCUCAACAUCCUGCUCAACCUGUGCAACGCCAGCGUCACCCAGCAGCUCUGCCGCUUCUCCGACCACCUCAGUAACCUGGCCCUGCAGGAAAGCCAGGGGGCCGUGCUGCCCGUCCACGUGCCCUGGGGACUGUGUGAGCUGUCCAGGCUUAUAGGGUUCACUCCCGGGGCGAGGGAGCUGUUCAAACAGGAGAACCACCUAGCUCUGUACCAGCUGCCCUGUGGGGAGAAGGCCAAGGAGUCAGUCCCUCGACGCCUACACAACUUCACCAAGAGACAACCUCCCAUCAGCCACCUCAUCUCCCUCUUCAUCAGAGACUCCUCUUCCAAUAAUGUCCAGAUGUUGUCUCACGGCUCAGCUGACCUCAUCCUGGAGGCCUGCACUGACGUCUGGGACGGAUCUGACAUCUAUCCCCUCUCUGGCUCCGACAGGAAGAAAGUUCUGGACUUCUACCAGCGUGCCUGUCUGUCGGGAUACUGCUCUGCCUUUGCCUACAAGCCCAUGCAGGUGUCCCUGUCCAACCAGCUCAAUGGGAAAUGUGUGGAGCUAGCCCCUGGACCCAACCUCUUCUCUGGGUUAGAACUGCCCUCCACCACCCCUAUCAAAUACGACUCCCGCAGGAACUCCUGGAGCUCUGAUGAGGGUAUAGGAGAAGGUGUGGAGAAGGAUGACUGUGUUCAGGCUCUGAGUGGUCAGAUCUUCAUGGGAAUGGUGUCCUCCCAGUUCCAGGCUCGUCUGGACACCGUCAGGCUCAUAGACGCUCUGGUCACCGCCUGCAUACGCUUUGUCUACUUCUCCAUGGAGGACGAACUACGCAGCAAGGUGUUUGCAGAGAAGAUGGGCCUGGAGACAGGGUGGAACUGUCACAUCUCUCUGACCCCAAACAGGGACAGUCCCUGUGACGGUGCCCCCAACAGCCCAGGCCAGGACUCCCUACAUGAUGACCUGCACCAAGACUCCCGAGAUGAGGCAGAGGGGCCGUUGUUACCAGAGGAGGAGACUGCUGAUGUUCCCAGCUUCCUGGAGGACUGCAACAGAGCGAAGCUACCUCGUGGUAUCCACCAGGUUCGUCCUCACCUGAAGAACAUUGACAACGUGCCUCUGUUGGUGCCUCUCUUCACCGACUGUACCCCAGAGACUAUGUGUGAGAUGAUAAAGAUCAUGCAGGAGAACCGAGAGGUAACGUGCUGCCUGGGGAGCUCUGCCAACUUCCGCAACAGCUGCCUCUUCCUACAGAGCGACCUCAGCAUCGCCCUGGACCCCCUGUACCCGUCGCGGUGUUCGUGGGAGACGUUCGGCUACGCGACAGGAGCAGGCUUGAACGGGGAGGUGGAGGGUCUCUCUCCCCUCAGUCUCUCUGGUCAACUCAACACCCUGGCCUGUUCUGUCACCUUCCACCAGGGGGAGUCGGUCAGCAUGGUCAAACUCAUAGAACAGGCGCGUCACACUACGUACGGCAUCCGCAAGAGCUUCCUGUUCCUAUUGCAGUGUCAACUGACCCUGGUCCUCAUCCAGUUUCUGGCCUGCCUCGCCCAGCUCCCUCCUCCCAUGAACAUCACUGAUAUCCUCUGGCUGUCCUGCUUCAGCUGUCCACUGCUCAGUGUGUCGUUCUUAGGAAAGCCACCAGAAAGUUCUGUGAUGAACGUGGCCACGGGGAAGAACCAAGAUGCCAUCCCCAGAAAGACGCAGAACUACUUCCUGGGUUGUUUCCUUUUGAGAUUUGGCCUGACUGUGUGUGCCUACCUCCUGGGCUUUGGCUUCACGCUGCACGAGGUCUGCCUGAGGGCCAACAACCUGACCAUGGCAGAGAACACCACCAUCAGCUGUAGUGAUAUCCUCAGGGUCAGUUCGGCUCGGGACGCUCCCCAUUGGUUCAGGGAGCUGUCCAACGGCCUGCUGCUCACUCAGAAAGUCAUGGCUGGGUUCCUGGCCCUGCACACAGUGGUCAUCUCUCUGAGCUAUGUCCAUCGCUCUCAGCCGCUGUGGAAGAAGAACCCCUUCAGCAACACCUGGUGGUGCCUCACUGUCCCCGUUGUUCUGCUGGGUCAGUUGGUGCAGGCCACGGUGGACUACCAGCUGUGGCAGGACCGGUUGGCACAUUUGACCUUUGACCUGAAGGACAUCCCCAUGCUGGCCUGGCUACUUGUCUCCCUGUCCUCCCUGGUGGUGGUGCUGUUCAAUGAGGCUGUCAAACUACACGAGAUACGGGUGAGGGUUCGCUACCAGAAGAGACAGAAGCUACAGUUUGAGACCAAACUAGGGAUGAACUCUCCCUUCUGAUUGGCUCAGACAAUGAACAGAGGGGCGUGGCAAUACAUGCUGGGAACCAAUCAGCCCUCGAAGUUGGUUCUAACUGCUGACACUGAGUCAGAUCGUUUCUCAUCCCUCUUGUUUGUUAGGAUUGGAGAAAGGGUAAUAUGAUCCUAGAUCUGUGGUUGAGGGGAACUUCUACCUCAAGCUCAUAAUCGCACUCCUGCUCAGUGCCCAUUGACCUAAACCCAGGAGCACUCAACCCACCUCAGCCCGAAAGCACUGGCUCCUAGCAGGUAGCACUAACCUCAACCAAACUGCUACACAUGCUGGGUGGUUUAUCACUGCGAUAAUCCAAUCUUUUUUGGGGGGGGGGAUCCUUGUUUAAAUUGUAUUAUGGUAUCAUUUUUUUAUUUUUUUAGAAAAGAAAGAUCCCAAAACAUUUUUCUUUUUUACUUUUAAAAGAAAGGCAAACAAACUGAGAAGUAUUUAUAAUAUUGUGGAACGUUAUUGAAGGCCUGGGGCAUGAUUUACUGUAGUUCCUGCUUAGGGAUGGGAGGUACGCUCUCCCACGGUCACUGUUUGUAUGAUAUUGUCGCUCACUGUAUCACAUAGGGGUUAUCACACUUCAGCAUGUUUCUCCUUUCUUUUGCCCCAAUACCAGACAGGGUUCCCCCCAGGAUUUCUUUUCAGCAGCAGCGGUGGCUAAGUAAACGUGGGGGGCUAGUUGGCGUGGCCAAUGGUGUGGAUUUAGAGGCCCUCCUCUUGGCCGCAGAGGCAACAUUUAGCGGUUUUUAAGCAAAUUUCCUGCAAUUUUGCCAUGGGGCGGAGAGAACAUUUUACAGUUUUAAAGAUAAUUUCCUAUGGCUCAUGCCAUGUUCUUAUGCGAUCUGAGUGACUCAGAUAACUAUAACAAAAUCAAAGCCAUGACAUUUUGGGAAUUUUAUGUUCUAGUUUUAUUUUGGUGAUUGUUAGUCCUCAAAGAUGAUCUAAGUAAAAAAAAAUAUUGCUCCAUUAUCUUUUCUACAUACUACAUAUUAUAUCUGGUUUUAGUCGUUUAAGUUUACACUGAAAAUAUUUUAUCAUCCCAAAAAUGAUGAUACGCUACCGUUCAAAAGUUUGGGGUCACUUAGAAAUGUCCUUGUUUUUGAAAGAAAAGCAAAAAAACAUUGUCCAUUUUUAAAAUAUCAAAUUGAUCAGAAAUACAGUGUAGACAUUGUUAAUGUUGUAAAUGACUAGUGUAGCUGGAAACAGCAAUUUUUUUAUGGAAUAUCUACAUGGGCGUACAGA